UCUUCUUGUGUUUGGAGAAGCAUUGGAUCAAAACACAUUCCCUUUUCCUCACCCCUCUCCCUCAUCUUCUUUGUCAUUUAUCUUCUGUCAUUGGCCUAGAAACCCAAAAUGGCAAACAAUGGCAUUCUUGCAAUGGUGAUCUUAGUUGGUAUUUGUAAUAUUUUCAUCAAUGUCAAUGCAUUUGUGGCUUCUGAUUGGACAAAAGCUCAUGCUACUUUCUAUGGAGGCAGUGAUGCCUCUGGAACAAUGGGAGGUGCAUGUGGGUAUGGAAACUUGUACUCAACUGGAUAUGGGACAAGGACAGCAGCAUUAAGCACAGCAUUGUUCAAUAAUGGAGCUGCAUGUGGGCAGUGCUACAAGAUCAUGUGUGACUAUCAAUCUGACCCACAAUGGUGCAAGAAAGGAACAUCUGUGACUGUUACUGCAACAAACUUUUGCCCACCAAACUUUGACCAACCAAGCAAUGCUGGAGGCUGGUGCAACCCUCCCCUUCAGCAUUUUGAUAUGGCUCAGCCUGCUUGGGAAAAGAUUGGCAUUUUCAAAGGAGGAAUUGUCCCUGUCAUGUUCAAAAGGGUUCCUUGCAAGAAACAUGGUGGAGUUAGAUUCAUGAUCAAUGGAAGGGACUACUUUGAACUGGUCAUGAUAAGCAAUGUGGGAGGGGCUGGAUCUAUUCAAUCUGUGUCUAUCAAAGGUUCAAGGACUGAUUGGAUGCCAAUGUCAAUGAACUGGGGAGCUAACUGGCAAUCCAAUGCCUAUCUCAAUGGCCAGUCUCUCUCCUUUAGGGUCACAACCACUGAUGGAGAGACAAGAAUUUUUCAAGAUAUUGCCCCUUCAAAUUGGGCCUUUGGCCAAACAUUCUCAAGCUCGGUUCAGUUUUAGGGUUCAGGAUUUGGGUUUCAGUGGCAGCGGCGUGCUUAUUAUUUUACUAAAAGCAGCCCGCCAAAUUUUGAAUUUUACACUAUAUGUGGUGGUUAUGAGGAAGAAGAACAAGCUAUAGUGAUGAUGGGUUGAACCUAUAUGAAUGAAAUCAAGGCUAAAAAUUCAUUUUUUUUUGAGUUUUUUGCACUUGAGAGGUCACAGAGCUUGUGGAUGUCGAGAUUAUUUCAAUACUAUAUUGAAAAAUUGUUAUACAUACUAAUAAGAAGCUAGCGCGGUUGCAUCGCAGCUUCAUGACAUUAUUAUUGUUAUUAUUUUACUUCAAAUUGUAUGCUUGCAAUGUAUUAUAUGAAUGUUGUCAUGAUAUUUUUUUCAUCAUUCUGUGAGAAUAAAACAGUCUUUCUUUCUGCUUGAUUGAU